UCCGCUCAACGUGCACCGAGUGAGACUACAGAUAUCUGUUCAGUGCUUGCAGUGUAUACCGAACAUUAGAGUCCAUGUGCUCUGUAUGGAUGUUGAAAUCGUGCAGUGUAGCUUGAAUAGCGGCAAGCAGACAAUAUGUCCAGUACACCCCACGAUCCGUUCUAUUCCUCCCCAUUCGGACCUUUCUAUAGAAGGCAUUCGCCGUACAUCGUACAGCCCGAGUAUCGGAUCUACGAGAUGAAUAAACGGCUUCAGUCUCGCACAGAGGAGAGCGACAACCUUUGGUGGGAUGCCUUUUCUACUGAAUUUUUUGAAGAUGAUGCCACACUAACUCUUUCAUUCUGCUUGGAAGAUGGACCAAAGAGAUACACUAUCGGAAGGACCCUCAUCCCUCGCUAUUUCAGCACGGUGUUCGAGGGCGGAGUCACCGACCUGUACUACAUCCUCAAGCACUCCAAAGAGUCCUUCCACAACUCCUGCAUCACCAUCGACUGCGACCAGUGCACCAUGGUCACUCAGCACGGAAAGCCAAUGUUUACAAAGGUCUGCACUGAGGGACGACUGAUCCUGGAGUUUGCCUUCGACGACCUCAUGAGGAUCAAGACGUGGCAUUUUACAAUCAGGCAGUACAGAGAGCUGAUCCCACGCAGCAUACUGGCCAUGCAUGCACAAGACUCUCAGGUCCUGGAGCAGCUGUCGAAAAACAUCACCCGGAUGGGCCUGACAAACUUCACCCUCAACUACCUCAGGCUGUGUGUCAUACUGGAGCCAAUGCAGGAGCUAAUGUCCAGGCACAAAACCUACAACCUGAGCCCACGAGACUGUCUCAAAACCUGCCUGUUCCAGAAGUGGCAAAGGAUGGUGGCUCCACCAGCAGGACACCCACAGAACUUCAAAACGGAAAUUUUCACUACAAAUCACAAAAAAGAACCCACAAGACAAACGACGACCAAGAGGAGAAAAAGGAAGAACUCUGCGAGCAGCGCGUCCAACAGCAGCAUGGGCAACAACGCCAACAGCAAGAAGCGCAGUCCUGCUGGAAACUUCAGCCUCUCCAGCCAGGUACCUGACGUGAUGGUGGUCGGGGAGCCCACGCUGAUGGGCGGAGAGUUCGGCGACGAAGACGAGCGGCUCAUCACCCGCCUGGAGAAUACGCAGUACGACGCGGCGAACGGCAUCGACGACGAAGACGACUUCAACAACUCCCCGGCGCUGGGCAACAACAGCCCCUGGAACACCAAGCCGCCCAACAGCCAGGACACCAAGCCAGAGAGCACAGCCCCCCAGCCCUCGCAGUGAAAACCAGACCUCCAGACCUGCAGGGCGGCGCUCUCUCCGACCACACACUGUACCCUGUGGGCCCCACCACACACCCCCUCCGUUCCACGGCAUCACACGGUUCUCACGAAACCUCAGACAAUUUCAACUCGCCUUGUAAUAUAAAAAGAAGAAGGUUGCGACAUACAGUACAUAAUACCAAUUCAUUUUUUUACAUAAAUGUGUACAAAUGCGUGUAGUAAAAAAAACAAAAAAACAGUUGAAUAAGAUGGAAGCACUCUUCUUCUGUAUAGAUCCCAGCCAGAGUCUCCCUUGUGUUGACAGGAACCUGCUGUUUUAGGAAUCUGCCAAACUUUGGAGUUUGAAGGCGCUGAAGAACAUGGCCAGUCCGCUUCGAUACUCCCAUUGUGCUUUUGGGCUGAGCUUUACCAACGGUCGUUUACUAUGAUGUCAGAUCACUGAACUCCAAAUGAAUCAAGAAACUCAAAACGUUUCAACAAAAGACUGACUUGGUGCAAUUGACCCUUAAACAAAUUUGAGAACAUCCUCGCCACACAUCCGUGGCUUCUCCCCUGCCCCAAGGAAUCAUGGGAACUGCAAGGGCCACUCAAGCAGUGCCCUCUCUCUCUCUCUCUCUCUCUCUCUACUGAAGUGUGACCUCAUACACAUGUGUGUGCGGUCAGGCAGAGUUGUGUGAGCACUGAACCAAUGUCCUGGGUUUAGCAACGGCAAAAUGAUUUCAGCAUAUUUGCAUUUUAAUUGAAAAGUGAGCUCAUUUUGGAUGUCUUUUUUUAAUGGAACACAAACUCUUAUCUGUUUAUUCAGUUCUAUGGACUGAUUCAAACGGGAAUGAUAUUGUCAUAUUGUGUUUUCCAAGCACUGCGUUAUGGCUCUUGCAGAAUGUUACUGCAUACAAAGAUUUAUUGUAUUAUUUUGCAUUUAUUUGUAUUGCUAUUUUUCCAAAAUUAUUGCUUUUUCUUUUCUAUGUAACUAUCAGCUCUUGAAGUAUUUGGCUGUCAGACACAUGGCCUGUGCAUCUUUAUUAAUUUUGUACUUUGAACAGUCCCUUUGUCCGUUGUAUGAGUGAUUCCCAAACUGAAGAACAGAGAUAAACCACAGAACUGGCAUUAAAGUGAAUACCAAUUUCAAAUGACAUUACUCAACCGUGGAAUUUAAACAGGAACUCAUUGAGCAGUGGAAUUGAAUGAAACACUUAUUUGAUCAUUUGUGCAUGAUUAUAAGAUUAUAUGAUUUUUUUUCUGUGUUUAAUGUUACGGAUCAAGCUCAGAUCACAUAAGGACAGCGGGGCAGGUUCUCAAACAGGUGAUAACAUUUUUAAAAAUUUGAGUGGAGUAUAUAUGCAAUUAUUGAAAACUGGAAAAUGAGGUUUAAUUCAUAAUGGCCAUAUUGAUUGAAGCAUGAUGAUAUAUACUUAGUUAAAACCAGUGUCACAAAAUGUAUUAUCAAGCUUCAUCACUAAGGUACAAUAUGAAUUGCUGUCAAAUGUAGCUUAUGGCUACCAGUCAGUGUAGUCUGGAUAAUUUCAGUUCUUCCCUCAAAGGUAGAACCGCCUUCCUAGGGCAGUCAGUUUGUUAAUUAAAAUUAAUUUAAUCACACAAUUGACCUGUGAAUGAGGUUAAUUCCUUCAAAUCGAGCACUUUCCUGUUUGUAUUACAGUGACUGGCUUAACUGGGUUCUCUCAGUGCCUGGCAUAGCAAUUCACAUCACACUCAUGUGUUAUGGUAUUUUCUUAAUACAAUUAUUCAUCAUUUUACAGGUCUUCUGCGUUUGUCGGCAGAAAUAUCUAUGCCGUCUCUAUUGCAUUGUUGUCGUCUUUUUCCAAACCACUGUUUGUAUGAGUUUGUAUUUUAUUUUACUUUUGGAUAAAUCAAAUCAUUAUAAGUUUUCUACCAUUAUCAUUAAGAGUUAACACUGUUCAAAACUAUUUUUAAGACCACUUAAUUAACACCCUCACAGUUAUCUGUUUUUCAUGCCAUUUUCCUGUUCUUAAUUAAAAUGGGCCGCAGGCAUUAUUAUCUCUCCAUUCCGGGCUAGGAGAGUUGGGUUCCAGUUUAGAAAUAAUGUUGGACUGAGGAAUAGAUUCAAUGAGGUUUAACAUGGAUGAAACUUUCAAUGUAAAAUAUAGAGAAUGUGCCAUACUGUGGCUUUUUUAUAAGCAUUGUAUUUGGCUUGUCCACCUAUUAGACCAUUAGAGUUACAGAAUCAGAGAUAUCUAUAGCCCUCAAAACCCAUCUAAAUUUACUACAGUUACUGAAGUUAUUUCCUGCCACAAAAAGGCUGUAUAUUUGCCAUGUAGUGUCACUGCUACGAUCCUAUGAAGCAGCAUUGACACAAACUGCUAAUGAAAAUGGAAAUACUGCUAAUGAAAUCUAACAAAUGUUUUGUUAACAAUUACAUAAGAAUGAAGGAUUUUAUUUUGAUUUCGCUGCAUUUACUAAUCUGGUUUUGUUAUUCAGUUUGGGAAACCUGUUGAAGCUCUGUAAAUAAGCCAAUGAAUCAAAACAUUUGAAAUCUGUUGGAACCAUUCCUUAGAUUAAAUAGACUCUUGUGUUUUUAUUGUACUUAUCUUGACUCUAAUGUUUUAUUAGUCCUUAAUCUCUAUUGUCCUAAAUGAAAAGGUAAAAUAUAUAUGGCAAAAUAUUACAUUCUAAAUAUAAGGAAUUUACCUUUUAAAAUAUACCAAAAGAGAUAUUAUAUGCCACAAAAUAAAGCAGUCAUUGCCACAGUAAUAUAAAAAAUGUUAUGCAUGUAUUGUAGAAUAUUUUACAAUGUAUGUAAAUAAGCUGUAUAUUCAACAAUAUAUGCAUACAUACAAACUGAUAUAUUUUCUAAUGCAUUUGGUAUGUUUCAUGUAUUUGAGAAAAAUUCCUUGCAUUUUAGAAUUCAUAUUUUAUCAUACGCUACUUUUUCAUUAGGGGUCAUUUACGUCAUGUUAGAUAUUUUUGCUAAAGAAACAAAAAAGAUAACCUCAGCUGUCACUAUUCUCCUUACCUUUGUGUAUUUAUGUGAGAGUUUGUAAGGAAUCCAACACCUUUUUGACUUUGUUUGAACCUCAUAUUAAUACCGUACAGCACAACUUGUAAAAUAUUAGCAGAUAUGUCUUUGUGUCAUUACUGAUGUAUUUUAUGUAUGCUUUGCCAUUAUGUGUGCCAAUAAAUUGUGCUUACAUGAUUA